AAACUGGCCACCAGCUAUAUUGGGUGCGUGGGUCGAGACGAAUACGGGAAACAGCUAGAGAAGGCGGCCGCGGAGGACGGGGUGAAGGUCCAGUACAUGGUGGUGGUCGAUAAGCCCACUGGGACGUGUGCUGUUGUCGUGACGGAAAAGGUUCGAUCGCUGGUGGCAAACCUGGGUGCCGCCAACUCGUACAAGGUGACCCACUUGCAAGAAGCGGAGAACUGGAAGCUGGUGGAACGUGCCCGAACCUGCUACAUUGCAGGUUUCUUUCUCACAGUAUCGUUGGACUCCAUCCUGGCCGUCGCGAAACAUUUCUCGGAGAACGAAAAAACGUUUGUCAUGAAUCUCUCUGCUCCGUUUAUCAGCCAGUUCUUCAAAGACCAGCUCCUUCAAGUGAUGCCCUACAUCGAUAUUCUCAUAGGAAACGAAGCGGAGGGCGCUGCAUUCUCCGAGGCCAUGGGCUACAACACAAAGGAUCUAAAGGAAAUCAUCCAGAAGGCCGUCGAUCUCCCGAAAGAGCGAAAAGACCGUCCACGUGUGGUCAUUUUCACACAAGGCCCCGACCCGAUUCUCCUGUGUAAAGACGGCAAGGUUACCGAAUUUCCAAUCCUUCCUGUCGCAGAAGAGGAGAUCCUCGAUACUAAUGGAGCAGGAGAUGCGUGGGUUGGGGGACUCCUCUCCCAACUAGUCUUCGGGGCCAGUAUUGAGGAGGCCAUCCACGCUGGAAACUAUGCUGCCAAUGUCAUCAUCAAGCGCUCUGGUUGCACGUUCCCUGAAAAACCAGACUAUAAACCUCCACAGUAG